CCGCGUGCCCGUGGGUUAGCCUGUGUGUAAACGCUGAGGGGUUCCAACAGGGAAGAGAAAUGCCGUCAAAAAUCAUCUUUGAAACCGAAGAUCACGCCAUGGACGACGACGUGGACACUGUAGCGGAGGCUAAACCCUUGAAGAACAAGACCAAAGAGGGCAAGAAGCUGAAGAAGAAGCAGUUGGAGGAACCGGAGGACCCUGACUGUGAACCUCCAGCACCAAAAAAGAAAAAGAAAAAAGACAAGCUGGCAGUGGACCAAGUAAACGACCACAUAGAUGAAGCCACAGACAUGAAUGGCAACAGUAACGGUGUUGAAACACCAAAGAAGAUAAAGAAGAAGAAGAACGCUGAAGGAGACACAGAGAAGAAAAAGAAGCAAAAGAAAGCAAUCACAGAGGCAGAAACCAACGGACAUUCCACUCUAAACACCCCUGUUCAGACGCCCAUCCAGACACCGGCCCAGUCGAGUGAAGACUCUGCUAGUGACAGCGAAAAAGAAACGGAGACUCCAGAGCAGAAAGAAGGGGCCUUCUCCAACUUCAGGAUCUCCCAAGUGACCAUUGAUAAACUUAAAGCUCGGGGAGUCUCUUACCUGUUUGAUAUUCAGGUGAAGACAUUUAAUCCUGUAUAUGAUGGAGAGGAUGUGAUUGCCCAAGCCCGAACAGGAACAGGAAAGACUUUCUCUUUUGCCAUUCCUUUGGUGGAGAAACUCCAGAGGGAUUCAGCGGAGUUCGCCAGAGGCCGAGCUCCCAAGGUCUUGGUGUUAACUCCAACCAGAGAAUUGGCUAUCCAGGUUGCCAAGGACUUUAAAGACAUCAGCAAGAGAGUGUCGCUCGCCUGUUUCUACGGAGGCAGCUCGUACAACCCACAGAUUGAUGCUAUCCGUAAUGGUAUCGAUAUCUUGGUCGGCACCCCUGGUCGUAUCAAAGACCAUCUCCAGAACCAUAAACUCGACCUUUCUAAACUGAAGCAUGUUGUUCUGGAUGAAGUGGACCAAAUGUUGGACAUGGGAUUUGCAGAACAAGUUGAAGAGAUUUUGGCUACAUCAUACAAGAAAGACUCUGACUCCAACCCACAGACUCUUCUGUUUUCGGCCACCUGCCCCCCCUGGGUCUACGAGGUGGCCAAGAGAUACAUGAGACCAGGGUGCAAACAUGUUGAUCUGAUUGGCAAGAAAACUCAGAAAGCGGCAACAACUGUGGAACAUCUGGCCAUAGCGUGCCACUGGUCACAGCGUGCAGCCGUGUUAGGCGAUGUGAUCCAGGUUUACAGCGGCAGCCAUGGCAGAACUAUUGUGUUCUGUGAGACAAAGAAAGAGGCCAACGAACUUUCCCUGAAUGCAUCCAUCAAACAGAGUGCCCAAUCCCUCCAUGGGGAUAUUCCUCAGAAACAGAGAGAGACGACACUAAAGGGCUUCAGAAAUGGGGCUUUUGAGGUUCUGGUUGCCACCAAUGUUGCAGCUCGUGGAUUAGACAUCCCUGAAGUGGACCUUGUGGUCCAGUGUUCUCCACCCAAGGAUGUGGAGUCCUACAUCCAUCGUUCAGGACGUACAGGCCGAGCAGGAAGGACUGGAGUCUGCAUCUGUUUCUAUCAGAGGAAAGAGGAGGACCAGUUGCGCUACGUAGAAAACAAAGCAGGUAUCACAUUCAGACGAGUUGGCGUCCCCACUGCCAACGAUAUCAUCAAGUCGUCAAGCAAAGAUGCUGUCAGGUUUCUGGACUCUGUUCCAGUUACAGCCAUCGCAUACUUCAGAGAGUCAGCCGAGAAGCUGAUUGAGGAAAAGGGAGCAGUUGAAGCACUUGCUGCUGCUCUGGCACAUAUUUCUGGAGCCACAAGUCUAGAGCAGAGGUCACUGCUCAACUCUGAUGCUGGUUACACCACUGUGCAGCUGGUGUGUUCUCAGGAGAUGCAUAAUCUGGGUUAUGCCUGGAGAGCCAUCAAAGACCAGCUCGGAGAACAGUUCGAGAACCACGUUCACAGAAUGACCUUCCUUAAAGGCAAAACGGGAGUUUGUUUUGAUGUCCCAGCCGACAAAGUCAAGGAGGUUCAGGAGAACUGGAAGGACGGACGCCGCUGGCAGCUGACAGUAGCCACAGAACUCCCAGAACUGGAGGAAAAGCAGUUUAACAACCGAGGCAACAGAGGCUUUGGUGGUGGUAACCGUGGUGACAGAGGAGGAGGAUUCAGAGGUGGAAGGGGGCGAAAUUUCGAGGGAAAUGGCGGUCGUAGCAAUGGGUUCCGGAACGGUGGUGGUGGCGGCUUUGGCAAGAACAGAGGAGGACACAAACGCAGCUUCAGUCAAGCUUUUGAUUACUGAAGUGCCAACCUGUGGACUGAUCAGACUGACUGCCACUCAUCUGGGCUGGCAGGGGUUUUCUUUGACUGCCAGUGAAGAGCAUCUCCAUCAUGAUAUAGGCUGAAACGUAAGCUUUGAAAUAUUAUUCACAGUACACUAAGUGACGAACUUCCCCUCUUAAAAUACAGUUAAAAUGCUUUCUGAUAAACUCGAUUUAUCCCCAGUUAGCACUUUCCUCCAGGUUUAACAUCAGACUUUCUGUGUUCAGUAUAUUAACACAGGACCACUGGCAGAUGUUUUGUAAGGCCCGAUGUGUGCUUAUUAGUUAAAACUCAUGGAAUGAUGAAAUUUAUGAAAACUUUACAGCUUUACAUCAAUAGGUAUGUAAUUCACUUGCAGUCUUGCAUAGGAUCAUAAACACUGACUAAUCAACCUUUAAUUAAGGUUGCAUUAUGUGAUAUAACAUUAAAUUAAUGACAUUUGAAGCUUCUUCCAUUGAGUUUUAUAUUAAGUGUCACUUUUUUUUGUACUCGGUGUUUGGGGAAUGGUGGCAACAAUCAGUCUUGAGCCUCUGUCCAAAAUACAACACACCUCAAUCUGGCUGAACAACUUAUAAACAUGCUACAUGUUACAUUACUGCUCUGUGUAACUGUCGUACUGGUGUGUUUCUGCUCUGCACCCACAGAGGGCAGUGAUGAAAUGGAUUUUAACCUUUACGGUUGUGCUCAGUUUCAGAUUGCUGCCUUACUCUCAGCUGAAAUCUGUCUCCCCAAAAAUAUAUUGGAUGAUUGCUUUGCAAUUGCCUCUAUUUAGUAACUGUGUCGAAUGCUUCCAUUCAUUUGAAUGAAAUGACUUAUUCAAUAAAAAAGGUCAACUGAG